GAAUAACUUUAAAAUAUAUUUCACGAAUAUAAAAACUACAUUAUAUGUAAUAUGUCUAGUUAGUCGCGUUUUCAAAACAUUGUUUACAAUUUACAAAUGUUCAUUUUCGUUCUAUAGAGGUUGAGUGGGACCCACCAUAGGUAUCAAGUAAUAGGGUAUUUUCCUACAUAUGUCACACAAAUCAAAUAGUAUCAAGAUUCUAACACACACAAUAUCCAUGGUCUACUUUUACACAUAGCCAUCUACCUUGAUGCCAAAUCAAGUAACUUAAACAAUGCCCCAUGUCUAAAAAAGCUUGCAACAAAACACCCAAAUUUGGCAUAGUGGUUGUGGAGUUGUUACACAAAACCAAAACCAUUUGCCACAAAACAAUUCCCAUGACUAAUACUUAUACUCCUUCAAUUCUCUCUUCUUUUAGCAUCUUUAAUCAUUUUCAUUGCUAAUCAUGAAAGACUCCUCAAAAUCCUGGCAACCCUUUAUAGCAAACUGUUGUUCUGUUGAAGAUCAAACAGUGUUCAACAAUUUUAGCAGAUGUAGGACUUCAAGGUCCGAUUUCUCAAAGAAUGUGACUCCAUCACCAUCGUUUAGGCACCUAUCUUUCUCAGACCUUAGUCAGUCUUCUUCUAUGCGUAUAAAUGAGGACAUAGCGCACACUUUUGGUCCUGAUUUGUUUGACUUCAAACUCAGUGAGUUACGAGCCAUAACUCAAAAUUUCUCUAUCAACUUCUUGCUUGGGGAAGGUGGGUUUGGUACAGUUCAUAAGGGUUAUGUGGAUGACAACAUGAGAUGUGGAAUGAAGGCACAAGCCGUUGCAGUUAAGCUUCUUGAUAUUGAAGGGUUGCAAGGACAUAGGGAAUGGCUAGCGGAAGUGAUAUUUCUCGGGCAACUUAGGCAUCCUAACUUAGUGAAACUAAUCGGAUAUUGUUGUGAAGAAGAAGAAAGACUCCUAGUGUAUGAGUUCAUGCCACGUGGAAGCUUGGAAAAUCAUUUGUUCAAGAGAAUCUCAGUUUGCCUACCAUGGGGAAACAGAUUAAAGAUUGCAAUAGGUGCUGCUAAAGGGCUCGCAUUCUUGCAUGGUGCUGAUAAGCCUGUUAUAUAUCGCGACUUCAAAACUUCCAAUAUCUUAUUAGAUUCGGAUUUUAAUGCAAAGUUAUCAGAUUUUGGGUUGGCAACAAUGGGUCCCGAAGGAUCAAACACUCAUGUAACCACUAGAGUCAUGGGUACUUAUGGUUAUGCUGCUCCUGAAUAUGUCAACACUGGACAUUUGACCACAAAGAGUGACAUUUACAGUUUCGGAGUGGUGUUGAUAGAACUACUAACUGGAAAAAGGGCAAUGGACAAAACGAGGCCUAAGAAUGAACAAUAUCUUGUGGAUUGGGCAAAACCGUACAUGACUAGCAGUCGAAGAUUGCGUUGCAUAAUUGACCCAAGAUUGUCAGGUCAAUACUCAGUGAGGGGAGUCAAGGAGAUGGCAGUUUUAGCACUAAAUUGUGUGAACUUGAACCCUAAAGAUAGGCCAAAAAUGAAUGAAAUAAUCGAAACUCUAGAAGGCCUUGAAAAUCUAAAGGACAUGGCAGUGAUCUGUGGGCAAUGGCCUGUAGCUUCAAGAAAAACCGCUAGAGAUGCAGUUUUUUCUCCUAAAGGAAGAAAAGAAAUUAAUGGUGGUCAUAUAUAUUGGAAACAGACUCCUGUUAAAAACAUAAAAGUGAAAGGAUAAUGACUAAAAUAUAGUGAAUUUAUUAUAAAAUUGUGAAGAAAAGUCAACAAGUGCUCCUACUUGUGUACCGAUAUGCUUAUAUUAUAAGUCAUAUAUACGUAUAAAUUUUGACAGAUAUGUGCCCUACAUGUAUGUCAUGCUUGUAUUAGAUAUUUCCUACUACCUUUUUUAUUUUGACAAUUGUACAUGAUAUGAUAGUAGUG